AUGACAAUAGGGAGUGAGAGGUGUAGGAAUAGAGUAGGCAUCUUAGUAGAUGAAGGACUUAAGGGGCAGGUGGGCUUGGACGGUGAGGAGAAGAAGCGAUUUUGGAAGGCUUUGGACGAGGUGGUUAGAGGUGUGCCUAACUCUGAGAAGAUUAUUGUAGCUGGGGAUUUCAAUGGUCACAUCGAGGUGUUAUCGGGAGGUUAUGGCGAUGUGCAUGAGGGUUAUGGUUUUGGGGAAAGAAAUGAAGAGGGAGCUGCUAUGCUGGAUUUUGAGAGGGCCUUUGGGGUGGUGGUAGUGAAUUCGAGCUUUCCAAAGAAGGAGGAUCUCCUAGUCACUUUUCGAAGCGCAAUAGCUAAGACUCAGGUUGACUUUCUGCUGCUUAGGAGAGGGGAUAGGACGCUGUGUAAGAAUUGUAAGAUCAUUCCGAGUGAGAACCUUUCGACCCGACAUAAGCUUCUGGUGAUAGAUUUGGGCUUAAAAAGGGAUAAGAAGAGAAGGGGCGGGGAGGGUCGACCUAAAAUAAAGUGA